AUGGGUCUCAUCGGCAAUGUUCUCUACUACUCCUUUCACCCCAUGGAGCUGAGGGCAAUUCUCCAAUGGAAAGUCUGGCACAACCCGCCCCAUGAGCGUAACGAGAAGAAUGAGACGGAGAAUCAGAAGAUUUGUUUCAAGUUUUUGGACAAAACCAGCCGAAGCUUCAGCGCUGUGAUCAAGGAGUUACAUCCCGAACUGUUGAUCCCUAUCUGCAUUUUCUACUUGGUCCUCCGUGGGCUGGAUACUAUCGAGGAUGACACUUCCAUUCCCUUAGCCACCAAGGAACCUCUCCUCCGUGACUUUAAGGAUAUCCUGACACAAGACGGCUGGACUUUUACUGGGAAUCGGCCGGAGGAGAAGGACCGUGAGCUGCUGGUUCAGUUCAACCACGUCGUCACCGAGUUCAUGAACAUGAAGCCCGAAUACCAGGCUAUCAUCAAGGACAUCACCGAAAAGAUGGGCAAUGGCAUGGCUGACUAUGCCAUCAAGGCAGAGAAUGACGAUGCGAGUGUGAAGACCAAGGAGGAGUAUGAUCUGUACUGUUUCUAUGUAGCUGGAUUGGUUGGCGAGGGCCUCACUCGCCUCUUUGUCGAGGCCGGGUUUGGUAACCCGGCUCUGUUGAAGCGCCCCAACUUGCAUAAGUCAAUGGGUCUUUUCCUCCAGAAGACCAAUAUCAUCCGUGAUAUCCGGGAGGAUUUCGAUGAUAACCGACGAUUCUGGCCUCAGGAAAUUUGGUCCAAGCAUGUCGACCACUUUGAGGAUCUCUUCAAGCCAGAGCACCUCGACGCAGCCCUUAACUGCAGCUCGGAGAUGGUCCUGAACGCGCUGGAGCAUGCUGAGGAGUGUCUGUUCUACCUGGCUGGUAUGCGAGAGCAGAGUGUUUUCAACUUCUGUGCAAUCCCGCAGUCCAUGGCCAUCGCCACAAUGGAGUUGUGUUUCCGCAAUCCCGAUAUCUUCAAGCGCAACAUUAAGAUCACCAAGGGAGAUGCAUGCGACCUCAUGCACAAGUCUACACAGAACUUGUCGGUUCUGUGCGACAGCUUCCGCCAGUACACGCGCAAGAUCCACAAGAAGAAUACACCCAAGGAUCCCAACUUCCUGAAGAUCAGCAUUGUCUGCGGACAGAUCGAGAAGUUCAUUGAGACCAUCUUCCCGACGCAAUCCGCCGAGGCCGCCAACCGUAAGGUCUCUGGUGAGCUCACUGCGGCCGAGCUACAGAAGAAGAAAGAAGAAGAUGAGAACAAGAAUGAUGUGUACUUCAUGAUGGCUCUCAUGGGAGUUAUCGUUGUGGUUAUCGCUAGUAUCAUGAUCUUCGCCGCCUGGAUGAUGGGCGCCCGGUUCGACCUUGCCUUCAAGGAAAUCACGUCCGGCCACUUCCGGCCACCGGUCAAGAACCAGCUUGAACACCCUGAGCUUUGA